UCUCCUCUCGCCGGCCGCUGCGCUCGGCGGCGCGGAAUAGAAUGAACUGUAACAAAACAAGCUGAGCCUUUGUAUCUGCUUAAAGGGGCCGCAGGCACUUCCCUCCUGUCCCCCCCAACCCCCGCUCGGCAACCGCGUCUCCAGGGCUCCCAGCAACUGGCUGGAAGGGCUUCCCUCACCCUCAGGAACAGCCCGCCAGCGAGGAAAGGCGAGCCAGGCGGGAGGCAAAGAGGAGACACCGCAUUUCUAAGAGGCAAGAAAGGAAGGAAGGGAGGAAAAAAAAAAAAUAACCCAAGCGGCGCAGAGUGGACUCUGGUCCGGGAGGGAACGAUCGGGCGCCGGAACGUGGACCGAGAAGCACCGGAAUGCAAACAAAGCUCGCGGGCGCCUGUGCAGGGCUCGCGGGGAAGCCCAGAAAGUUUGUUUUAUGAUGGCUUGAGUGCGCGAGUGUGUGCAGGGGAGCGAGGCUGCCAAGUUUCUCUCUCCCGUUGCGUUAUUUUGGGGGGAGAUGUCUCUCCCAUGAACCAGCGGGGGCUUGGGGACUUGUGCUGUGGGGGGCACCUGUCUCUCAUUGCAUUAUUAUUUUUUGUGUUGGGGGGGAGGCGGGGUGUAACCCAUCAUGUCGAGGGUGAUCCAGAAGAAGAACCACUGGACUAGCAAGGUUCACGAAUGCACCGUGAAGCGGGGACCCCAGGGUGAGCUGGGGGUGACGGUGCUGGGGGGCGCGGAGAAUGGGGAGUUUCCGUAUGUUGGAGCGGUGGCCGCGGCCGAAGCGGCGGGGCUUCCCGGCGGCGGCGAGGGCCCUCGGCUGGGCGAAGGGGAGCUGCUUCUGGAGGUGCAGGGGAUCCGGGUGUCCGGCUUGCCCCGCUAUGACGUGCUGGGAGUCAUCGACAGCUGCAAGGAGGCCGUCACCUUCAAAGCCGUCAGACAAGGAGGAAAGCUGAACAAGGACCUGCGACAUUUCCUCAAUCAGCGGUUCCAGAAAGGGUCUCCUGAUCAUGAGCUCCAGCAGACCAUAAGGGAUAACCUUUACCGCCAUGCUGUGCCUUGCACAACCCGAUCUCCCAGAGAAGGAGAAGUGCCUGGCGUGGACUAUAACUUUCUGACUGUGAAGGAGUUCUUGGACCUCGAGCAGAGCGGGACCCUUCUGGAAGUCGGCACCUAUGAAGGAAACUAUUAUGGGACACCCAAACCUCCUAGCCAGCCAGUCAGUGGGAAAGUGAUCACGACGGAUGCCUUGCAAAGCCUUCAGUCUGGCUCCAAGCAGUCAACCCCAAAGCGAACCAAGUCCUACAAUGAUAUGCAAAAUGCUGGCAUAGUCCAUGCGGAGAACGAGGAGGAGGAUGAUGUUCCUGAAAUGAACAGUAGCUUUACAGCCGAUUCUGGUGACCAAGAAGAGCACACUCUCCAAGAAACAGCACUACCGCCUGUGAAUAGUGGCAUCAUUGCUGCUCCCAUCACGGACGCUUCUCAGAAGUUCCCUCAAUACCUACCUCUUUGUGCAGAGGAUAAUCUAGGUCCUCUACCUGAGAACUGGGAGAUGGCCUACACCGAAAAUGGAGAAGUCUAUUUUAUAGACCAUAACACAAAGACAACAUCCUGGUUAGACCCUCGGUGCCUGAACAAGCAGCAGAAGCCUCUGGAAGAGUGUGAAGAUGAUGAAGGGGUCCACACCGAGGAGCUGGACAGUGAACUAGAAUUGCCUGCUGGUUGGGAAAAGAUUGAAGACCCUGUCUAUGGUAUCUACUAUGUAGACCACAUCAACAGGAAGACACAGUAUGAGAACCCGGUUCUAGAAGCCAAACGGAAGAAGCAGCUGGAGCAGCAGCAGCCGCCGCAGCAGCCCCAGCAGACCCAGCAGACCCAGCAGCCACCGCAGCCGCAGCCAGAAGAAUGGACAGAAGAUCAUUCAUCGCUUGUGCCUCCUGUCAUUCCAAACCACCCUCCAAGCAAUCCGGAGCCCGCCAGAGAAGCUCCACUUCAGGGCAAACCCUUUUUUACACGAAACCCUUCUGAGUUGAAAGGCAAGUUCAUUCACACGAAGCUACGGAAAAGCAGUCGUGGGUUUGGCUUCACGGUCGUGGGAGGGGAUGAACCUGAUGAGUUUCUGCAGAUCAAGAGCUUGGUCCUGGAUGGUCCUGCCGCACUGGACGGCAAGAUGGAAACAGGAGAUGUCAUUGUCAGCGUGAAUGACACCUGUGUUUUGGGACACACACAUGCACAAGUUGUGAAAAUCUUCCAGUCCAUUCCCAUCGGUGCCAGCGUGGACCUUGAACUCUGUCGAGGUUACCCGUUGCCUUUUGACCCAGAUGACCCCAAUACGAGUUUAGUGACCUCGGUGGCCAUUUUGGAUAAAGAACCAAUUAUUGUGAAUGGGCAGGAGACCUAUGAUUCGCCAGCCAGUCACAGCAGUAAAACGGGCAAAGUCAAUGGCAUGAAGGACGCCAGGCCCAGCAGCCCUGCUGACGUGGCUUCAAAUGGUUCCCAUGGUUACCCCAAUGACACUGUCUCUUUGGCUUCCUCCAUAGCCACUCAGCCGGAACUCAUAACUGUUCAUAUAGUCAAAGGGCCAAUGGGCUUUGGCUUUACUAUCGCAGACAGCCCUGGUGGCGGGGGCCAAAGAGUGAAACAGAUUGUGGACAGUCCACGGUGCCGUGGCCUGAAAGAAGGGGAUCUUAUAGUGGAAGUUAAUAAGAAGAAUGUGCAGGCUCUAACCCACAACCAAGUUGUGGAUAUGCUGAUCGAAUGUCCAAAGGGAAGUGAGGUCACGUUGUUGGUGCAACGAGGAGGGUUGCCAAUUCCCAAGAAGAGCCCAAAGUCGCAACCACUGGAAAGAAAAGACAGCCAGAACAGUUCUCAGCACAGCGUCUCCUGCCACCGGAGUCUGCACACGGCCUCCCCAGGCCACAGCACACAGGUGCUCCCCGAGUACCCACCUGCAGAGGCCCCCACUCCAGAUCAAACCGACAGCUCUGGGCAGAAGAAACCAGAUCCUUUUAAAAUCUGGGCCCAGUCCAGGAGCAUGUAUGAAAACCGACCUAUGUCACCUUCGCCUGCAUCGGGAUUGAGCAAGGGGGAAAGAGAAAGAGAGAUCAAUUCCACGAGUUUUGGAGAAUGUCAGAUUCCGGACUACCAAGAACAGGACAUCUUCCUGUGGAGAAAGGAGACUGGAUUUGGAUUUAGGAUUCUGGGUGGAAAUGAACCAGGGGAACCUAUUUAUAUCGGUCACAUCGUACCGCUGGGUGCUGCUGAUACAGACGGCCGCCUGAGGUCUGGGGAUGAAUUAAUCUGUGUGGAUGGGACACCGGUAAUUGGAAAAUCACACCAGCUUGUGGUCCAGCUUAUGCAACAAGCUGCCAAGCAAGGCCACGUCAACCUCACAGUGCGGCGUAAAGUGGUGUUUGCAGCCCCCAAAGCCGAGAACGAGGUGCCCUCGCCGGCCUCCUCCCAUCACAGCAGCAACCAGCCCGCGUCGCUGACCGAGGAGAAGCGCACCCCGCAGGGCAGCCAGAACUCCCUGAACACGGUGAGCUCCGGCAGCGGGAGCACCAGCGGCAUCGGCAGUGGCGGCGGCGGCGGCAGCGGCGUGGUCAGCACGGCCGUGCAGCCCUACGACGUGGAGAUCCGGCGCGGCGAGAACGAGGGCUUCGGCUUCGUCAUCGUGUCCUCGGUGAGCAGGCCCGAGGCCGGCACGACUUUUGCAGGCAAUGCAUGUGUGGCUAUGCCUCACAAAAUAGGUCGGAUUAUUGAGGGGAGUCCUGCAGACCGAUGUGGCAAGCUGAAAGUGGGAGACCGGAUCCUGGCAGUGAAUGGAUGUUCCAUCACCAACAAGUCCCAUUCAGACAUUGUCAACCUAAUCAAGGAAGCAGGAAACACAGUUACCCUCCGCAUCAUUCCCGGGGAUGAAUCUUCGAAUGCCACCUUGCUGACCAAUGCGGAGAAGAUUGCCACAAUCACCACCACACACACCCCUUCUCAGCAAGGGGCCCAGGAGACCAGGAAUACCACCAAACCAAAGCCGGAAUCUCAGUUUGAGUUCAAAGCACCCCAGGCAACACAGGAGCAAGAUUUUUACACUGUGGAACUGGAAAGAGGAGCCAAGGGAUUUGGCUUCAGUCUUCGAGGGGGCCGAGAAUAUAACAUGGACCUCUAUGUCCUGCGCUUAGCAGAGGACGGUCCAGCAGAAAGGUGUGGAAAGAUGAGGAUUGGUGAUGAAAUUUUAGAGAUCAAUGGCGAGACCACCAAAAACAUGAAGCAUUCUCGGGCUAUAGAACUGAUUAAGAAUGGCGGCCGCAGGGUCCGUCUGUUUCUGAAGCGGGGAGACGGCUCGGUACCAGAAUAUGACCCCAGCAACGACCGGCACGGCCCCGCCGCCGCCCGUGCACAAGGUGUUUCGGAAGUGAGGGCCGCACCCCCCGACCGCCGACAGCAUCCAUCAUUGGAGUCCAGUUACCCACCCGAUCUUCACAAAUCAUCACAGCAUGGGGAAAAGCGGGCACACGGGAAAGACCCAAAAGGCAGCAGAGAGUAUAGCAGACAGCCCAAUGAGCAUCACACAUGGAAUGGAACUUCUAGAAAACCCGACAGUGGGGCUUGCCGACCCAAGGACCGGGCACCAGAGGGACGGAGAGAGGCGCCCCCAGAGCGGAUGGUGACCAACGGCCCCAAGAGGAGGCCCCCGGAAAAGCGCAGGGAAGGCACCCGCAGCGCAGACACCACUUUGGAGAGGAGGGAGAAGCACGAAAAGAGACGAGAGCUCUCUCCGGAGCGGAGACGCGAGCGCUCGCCCACCCGCAGAAGGGACAGCUCGCCCAACCAUCGCAGGAGGUCCCUGGAGAGACUCUUGGAUCAGAAACGGUCCCCAGAGCGCAGGAGGGGGAGCUCGCCAGAGCGGAGGGCCAAGUCCACCGACCGCCGUCGGGCGCGGUCCCCUGAGCGCAGGCGCGAGCGGUCCUUGGAGAAGAGGAACAAGGAGGACAGAGUCAGCCACCGAGAAAGGGAAGAGCCCAGUGUGAAACAGGAUGCCGGCCGAAGCUCCAGACAUGCCCCAGAGCAGAGAAGGCGACCUUACAAAGAAUGUAGCACCGACCUCAGUAUCUGAGACGCUGAGGCACAUUCCAACCUUUACCGUGUCAAAGGUUCUAAGAGGAAGGUCACAAACCUGAAAUAAUUUAGUUUCUUACCUGGUGAAGCGUCUGAUACCCGAUGAUCCUAUGAAGAGCAACAAACAUUUUAUGCAUUUGAAAUCUUAUAAGAAAAAAUAUAUAUAUAUGAAAAGUGUUGUGCCUGAUGUAUAAUAUUAAAGAAAGUAUUUUUAAAUGCAUACUUUUUUGGAAAUUAUUUGCCAAAUGCUGCCCCGAAGGGAUAUACAUUUUGUUUCUACAUACACUGUAGAAUUGUCAAGAAUUGUUCCCUUUUGGGGGGCAAUCUUUUUUCUCUCCUGGUUAAAUAGGGCUGUUGAUCAUUUUCUCUAAGGGAAAUUAUUAAGUUUAAUUAAUUUGAUGUAGAUUGUUACGUAGUGAUGUAGUGCUAUACUGUAGUUAGGAGUUUUUCUUAAAAAAAAAAAAAGCAAAAAGGCAAAAGUUAUAUUUGUAAAAGCUGAGGACUCUUUGGGAUGGAUUAGGAUUGCCGAUGAUCCUAAAAUUAAACUGUAUGAAGAGACUACUAUUGCAAAUGAAGGAUAUUUAUAGCUAAACUACACAGCACAAAGAAAUGUUCCCUUCUCAAGUCGUAGUUGGUCCAGAAGACAGUUCCGUACUCUCCCUGGCCAUAGAAAGGCAUGGACAGGAGAAGGUUGGCGGCCAUUACCCAAACGUAGCCCAAGCACAGAUGGUCAACUUCAUUAGCAUCACCCACAUCUAAUAAGAUCUCAUUAAGGCAGUGCCAUCACAGCUUUGCUCAGCUACUAAAAGGAACAGACGGACAGUGAGCACCUUCUGUGUUGUCUUGUCUGAUCGCAGGCAGAAUAGUGGCUGGAGUGGGGAACAGUGUGCCCAGUGCAAGGGAGCUGUGAGAUUCCUCCAUGCAGAAGGUGUGUUCCCCCUUUGUAGCAUAAGCCCAAGGUUGCCCUGUGCUAAAUUGGGGACCAGGGAGUGAGUGCUGAUGGAAGUUACCUCUCUGUUGAUAUUUCAAGAAGUGAGGUCUGGGGGUGCUUAAUUCCUAGAGAUGCCGAUUUCCCUUUGAAACCAUAGUAAAAAUCUCCAGGAUGGUUGAAAGGGAUAAAGACACAGUCCCAGUGGUUCUAGAUCAAGUUGGCAAACCUCUGCCCUCAUGACAGUGUCCUUUGAGUCUUUGGACAGCAGAACAAAGCAUAACCAUUUUUCUUUUGAUAAACGACCCAUUCUUUUGCAGUCCCGCAGGAGGUGUGGUUGGGUCGGCUUGUAGCCCCAGGAUGUGGUUGGAAUGGAUUACUGCCUAGCUGAGCCAAACGUUUGCUUGUACCUGUUGGACCACUACAGCAAACCGCUGCUUACAAUGCAUUGUGUAUUUCUGUAGUACUGUUUUGCAUUUUCCAUACAGACACACAAAUUUGCAAGUCAAUCACUGUUAUUCUCAUGGUACUGUUAAAAAAAAAAAAAGGAAAAAAAAAUGGAGAAAACCAGCCAAUCAUUGUGUGUACAGAGUUAAAAAUUGUAAUUAAUAGAGCCUGUUUAAAAAAAUUUAAAAAAAAAACAACUGUUGCCUUUUUUUCUUGUAUAAAAGAGAAUUUAUGACAAAAAUUUAGCUGUGAGGAAUGUGAUAUGUGUUUAUAUUUCUGAAUAUGGAACAAAUUGAUUCAUUGGGAUAUAUUUUAAUGUAAACUAAAUCAGGUAUGUAAAGCUGUUUUAAAAUGGGAGACUAUAAGUAAUUCUCUAAAGCUUUAGUUGGUUUGAAUAUCAUCAUUUCCUCCAUGGUGAGCCUGCUUUGUGAAUUAUUAAGCACUUGUUUGCAUUCUCUGUUCCUCACUCAUUUCUUGCCGUGUGCUAUGGACUUAAUGCUCUUUCUGUAUUGAUGAAAAGCAGUAUGUGGGCCAAUCUUUUUAUAAAACACUAUGCAUAUAUAAAUAUUACAUUGUUCAUAGCUUUAUUUGAUUUCUGGAUUGAUACAUAAUGUAGACGGAGUUCCUACAGGUGUGUGGACAGGCACAAAACACGUUCCCUUCCUGGAACAGAGACAAUGUACAUUCUGUAGCUGAAAAGGAGGAGGAGGGUCUGUGACUCAUACUUCUAUUAGAGUUUUCCCCACAAAGCCUCCAUUGAGCUGUGGUAGUAAGGCUGAGGGAGAACACAACAGAAUAAGGACAUUGGUCUUCAUCAGUUUCCUUAGAAGCCCACUCGGGGAUUUUAUUCCUCAGGCUCCACUGCUAGGAAUGUUCUCACUAUUUCUAGCAGAAUCGGUGAUGUUAAAUGAUCGAUGCUCUCACUUGUGGUCCAGAGUUUUAAAUAAAUGAAAUCAAGGUGGAUUUGGGGAGUACGUCGUGAGGUUAACAUCUUAAUGCCUUUCCUGUUGUCAGAGGUGAUAUCUGACAUUUUAAAAUCUUUGUGGUACCCACUGGGGCUUGGCUCAGUCCGCAAAGACUUGGUGUGGCAGUUUCCUCUGAGUUCCACACAUCAGAUUGGCUUUGGAAAUGUUGUACGCUACAGGGACUAUGCAUCAGGCAGAAAGAUCUAGUUUUCUCUGAACUACUGUAACCUUAAAUUGCAGACUGAUUCUUGUGAGCCUACUUUCCCUAAUCCCCCACUUCAUGUAAAUGUCUUGAUGAGAGAUGAUGGAUGAGUAUUUUGUAUGAUUAAAUCAAACCAUUGAAGAACUCCCCUCCCACCCAUUACACAGUUGAUGCCUGAAAGAAUGUUGGGGGUGGGGGGGAGAACUCAACACCCUACUUGUAUUUUUUAAGUUUCUUUUGUGAAAGAUUUUUUAAUGCAUUUUUACUGUAAAAAUACAUGGAAAUGUAUGCAUUCCAUAACCAC